AUGUUCGGACGUCGACGAAGACCUAUUCUCGGCGCUGCCGUUGUUGUAGGUGCGUCUCGAGCAGCUGCCAAGCGCGAAGUUCGGAAACAAGGAAUCUUGGCCACUGAGCGUGAUCAAGAAAUAGAGAGAGAGGUCGAGCUCCGAAAGUACCAAGAUGAACAACAAGAAAUACGUGCACAGCGUGCCGUCGACGAAGCGAUAAAAAAGUCUGGACUACAGGAGCAAGCUGCCCUACAGAACACCGCUCCACUGCCAAUUCCACCGCAGCAGCAGUACAAUGCUGCCUUCCCAGUGAUACAAUCUCAGCCUCGAGAAAUGGGAUUUUACGAGUCUACCGCUCAGUCAGCACAAGACUAUCGACCGGUGCCUGAAUACCAGCUUGCGCCUCAAUUCGCAGAAGAGAGACCUCGAAAAUCUCCAAUUCCGCGCCAAAAUCCAGAUUCUAGAAUUCGAUACUGUACUCAGUGCGGCCAAACUUGCCAGUAUACAGACAGAUUUUGUCGCCAGUGCGGUAUAAAGCAACCAUGUCAGGAAGACAUGGUCGGGUAG